UGUACGUACAGUCCGACUUCAUUGGAAACAGGUUAAUAGCUUUUUUUUACCUUUAUAUUAGUUUCGGAUGAUAAUCAGGAGCGUUAUUGUCUCUCAGUUUACAAUUCAGUCUGUAGGAUUUACAGCCAUGCAAUAAUUAUUUAUCGGGAUUCUAGUAUUGUACGUAUACAUAAUUAAUAUACAAGAUACGACAUUAUAUCAAUAGUCUUGUGAACACCACAAUGCCGUCGUAAAAACAUAUAAUAUUAAAUAUAUUUUUGCGUAAUAUUUACAAGUGCAGUGCAAUUAAAGUUUUAAUGGCUGAGUAGAUAUUGUUUUCUGUAUAGCAGUCUAGUUUAAUAGGAUUACUCGGACUACUAGAAGUUGUUCAUAUGGUAGACAUAACGCCAUUGCAGAAUGGAUGUUUUAUGCUACGUUUACUUGGGAUGACACAUUUAAAAUAUUUUAUUUAGUUAGAUUAGCUGGUUUGCAUACCAAAUGAGAUGAAGGAACAUUCAAAAGUCCACCAACCAGACACUGGUUUAUCUCUAGGAUAUAUCUUUACCAUUCUAUCUGGGGUCAUUGUAUUGUUUGCUGCUGUUGUGGUUUAUCUAUCAUGGAUGUUCUGUCGCCGAAAGAAGAAACUUCUUUCAUCAGAAUUGUCUAUAGAAACCGAUGAAUCCCCAAACUCACUUCAUAGUAGCAACCUUAAAAUAAGUCAGAGCACUCCAGACCUAGCUAAGCAAUCUCAAUCAAAAUUAGACUUUUUCCGUCGAAGAGGACUUUUCAAAACAAAUUCGAGACAAGCAACACUGCCAACAGUGUCGCAACGGCAUCUUACAUUCCAGCGACAGUUAUCAAAUAUAGAAUUUCAAAUACAAAGUGUAAGACAAAAGGAACAACCGAAACUUGGCAAAAUAAAGCCCGAAUUAUACAAACAAUCAUCGGUUGAUAGCAUAAGGAGUGAGCAUAGACUCUGUGGAAAACUAUAUUUUAGUCUCAAUUACCUCCAUGAUAAUGAGGAAUUAAAAGUAAACAUAAUUAGUGCUGAAGACCUUCCUGCACGCGACUUCUCUGGUACUUCGGAUCCUUAUGUCAAAAUAUACCUGCUUCCGGACAGGAAAAAUAAAUGUCAAACAAAGGUACACAGGAAGACAUUAGAUCCAGAAUUUAAUGAAUCGUUUACAUUUUCGGCGUUAUAUCAAGAACUUCAAGAUCGCACACUUCAAUUGAAUGUUUACGACUUUGAUAGAUUUUCAAGGCAUGAUUUAAUAGGUGCUGUUGUUUUAAAAGACAUAUUGUCCGAAGGAAGUUUAGCUAAAGAAACCUUUUUUGUCAGAGAUGUUCUUAGCACAAUGCAGGAAAAGUUUGACUUAGGAGAAAUAAUGAUCUCAUUAUGUUACUUGCCAACUGCAGGAAGACUUACACUGACCAUUAUCAAGGCCAGAAACCUAAAGGCAAUGGACAUUACUGGUUCUUCAGACCCAUAUGCCAAAGUUUCACUGAUGUGUGAAGGAAAAAGAAUUAAGAAGAGGAAGACUUCUGUUAAAAAGUGUACGUUGAGUCCUGUUUAUAAUGAAGCUAUGGUGUUCGAUGUUCCAAGAGAAAACGUUGAUGACAUUCAUAUGGUGAUCAAGGUCAUUGAUUAUGACAGAAUUGGCUGUAAUGAGGUAAUGGGAUGUACUGCCCUUGGACCUAUGUUUGUUGGAAUAGCAAGAGAUCAUUGGUUCGAAAUGCUAGAAAAUCCAAGGAAACCAGUUGCUCAAUGGUACCCACUUCAGGAGCACGUGCCAAUGUGUGCGACCAGUAGCAUACCUGUUAGCAAAUGUAAAACGUGUCAUUCUAGACAAACUACGAUAGAUUCGAGUGAUGGCAGCACUUUAUGAAGUUUGGUGUUAUUGUUAUUCUCUACGUGUGCUUACUAUGUUAAAACUGUUAUUUUAUAAUCCAUGUUCAUAUCAUAAAUUUUUGUAUUUAUACUUAAGCAAUUUUGUAACCUACAAUUUAUGUGCAUCUCUCUCGAUAAUCAUAUGCAUGCAAAAUCCCUGUUUUUGUCGUAUGUAUAUGAAUGAAAUAUUCAUGAAAACAUUGAAUUAAAAAUAGUGUAUUGUGCAAAAACAAUUAAACCAUUUCAGUUGACCUAUAUUUUAGUUGACCUGAGCCAUGUGAGAUAUUGCCUUCAGUGGCGUGUUUUGUAAACUUUAACAAAAAUCUUUUAAAUGCACCUACUACGCUAUGUCAACCAAACAUAUGGUAAAUGGUCCUUAUCGUAUCUCAUAUAACGUUUAAUUUCGAGGCGUAAAACAAACAUGGCAAGACUGGUUAGAACAAAAUACAGGAUAAAAGGCAGUUAAUCUUUUGACCAUGAAAGAUAAAGACAAUUUUGACUAUGGCAAAAAUGCAUAAAAUGUCAAGAUCUUUAGAAAUAUAUGAUCGACAAAAAUGUCAAUAUGACCAAAUACUUCGGAUGGUUGCUUCAAAAUAUGUGCAAAUUAAAUAGGCUUUAAACCGCAGAAUUUAAAGUAUUUUCAGACAAGAAAUACUGAUCAUUAUACUUUUUGUUAUGCAGAUAUAAAAAAGACAGUAAUAAGUAGCUCUACAGUUGACACAUUGAGCUGGAGUAUUUGCUUUAAAUUUCUCAAUUUUUAUAUCAUUUAUAAGUUGCAAUUAACAAAUACUAUUUUCGUUUUUACAAACGACUGGUUUAUAUGCUGCUUAAUUGGGUUAAUGUUGGAAUAUUGGUGAUUCAAAAAAAAUAAUCAAAAGCCAUUGUGAAAAUUUCUGCAUUUUUUUCACUGCAGUUCUUGCUGACUCCUUAUAAUAGCAUUUUAUGCGACUGUCAAACAAGCGAGGGAUUUAGCUAGAUAUAAAACCGAGUUUAAUCCAUAUUUUCUACAUACAAAAUGCAUGUACCAAGUCAGGAGUGGGACAGUUGUUGUCCUUUCAGUUGAUGUGCGUGAGCUUUUGAUUAUAGGGACUUUCCUUUUUGAACUUUCCUCAGAGUUCAGUAUUUUUGUGAUUUUACUUUUCACUAACUAUAAUAUUACGUCAAGUUUAUAUUGACUUGAUGUAUUGUUAAUCAUGAGUCUUCAUUUAGCAAGAUUCGUAUAACAUUUAAUAGUGCGAAAGGGCAACCAUUCUACUUACGCUACCUUUUGAAUCUAAGAUCUGAUGUUUUUUUAUUGAUCCAUUAUUUCUGAUAUAAAUUGCAAAAUUCGAGUAAUAUUAGUUACACAGUGUGUAAUUGUCCUAAUACGAGAAUUUAUCGGGUCAAUAAAAUUCAUAUCGGGUGAGGCGAAUUAUUGCAUAUUAUUAUAUUUAAAUUCAAUAUAAUGACAACAUCAACCAAAUAUAUUUUAGAUAUUUAAUCUAAAACUGUGAAAAAUUAAAAUAUUAGGACUAUGAAGCAACUCGUUUUAAAAAAAUAAUUUAUUAGGUCAAUGGUAGAAGGGAGAUAAUCCCAAUUGACGUAACAAAUAAGGGAGAUAAUUCCUAUGACGUAAUAAAAAAUUGUACUGAAAUUUAUUAGGACAAUAUCAGCCAAUCAAAUUGCGAGAAAUUACUCUAAAUCAAUCAGGAUAAUGCAAAUUACAGUUGGUCGCUUGGAUGAUAUCAAAUAAACAAAGGUAUUGUAAAAUAAUAUCUGUGAAGAACGAGAACAUUUAAGAAUAAUAAAAUCAUAGUUUUCAAAAAAGUUUCAAAUGAUACUACUGAGUGUAAGUUGAAAAUUUAGCACACCAAUGUUUUUGGUUGUUUGUUAUAUAAUUCGAAAAAAUAGCAUGCUGCUUUACAAAAUUAGCUUUUGUUAUAAAUACAUUUUCUGUGAUAUAGCGUCUAUUUUCUUGUUGACAUGGCAUAUGUUAUUCCUAUUUAUAUAUAUUACUUCCUUAUUAAUGGUCAU